CUGGAUACGAGACAUCACAUCAUCGCUCGGAAGUAGGCAAGUCAAUCAGGCCUCCUUGCUCGGAGUGAGCGAACCGUGAAGGCGCCAGAGGACCAUGCGGGCCGCAAGACCUCGUUAUUGCACGGAGGCCAGCCAUGCAUAGACGAACGCACAAAAAGUCCAGAAAUGGGUGCAUCCCGUGCAAGCGACGUCACAUGAAGUGCGAUGAACGGCGCCCGGGCUGUGUUCAGUGUGAAGUUGCUUCACAGGAAUGUCACUACACGGGAUCGCACAGUCAAUCAGAUGUACCAAGCCGCAGACCAAUUGCACCAAAUGGACCAACAAGUGCUUCAACACCAACUGUCUCUGAUGGCGAGGUACAGCGCAUGCCCAUCACGAAAUCCACCCGUGUCAAUGCCGACUUAUCAAUUGCUGUGUCUCCCACUCCGUUCAGCCAAGAUUACGAAAAUUUCCAAGUCAACCUGCUACACAUGCGUCUCUUCUCCCAUGCGGCCUCGGGGAAGCUUUUCAACGAGAUCCUCCUGCGAGACGUCCUGGACGAGACCCUCAACUCCGCUCUCGCUUGCCCAUUCCUACUCCACGGCCUCUUAGCCUUCUCCGCCCUCCAUCUCAGUGCCCUCUAUGCAGAGGAGAAGCACGUAUGGGACGUUCAAGCCACCGGUCUGCAAUCCACCGCAUUACAGCUGUUCAAUGCCUCGCACAGCUUCGAAGGUGACAAGCUCCGUGCAGCCUUUAUCUUCUCCAGCAUCAUCGGCAAGCACGUCCUUGCCAGGAGCCUCCUCCAAACAGACCCCAGUUUCGACACGCUGGUCGAAGGCCUGGUGGAAUUCUUGAAGAUGCAACUCGGCGUGAAAACCGUCAUUGGGUCGCAAUGGGACGUUCUCAUCAACUCCGACGCCCUUCGAGGAUCCAGCAGCUUCCGCGAAACUUUGACUCGCUUCCAAAAGGCAGCCGGGGAUCCGGAAAGACACGAAUUGUCUGGUGAUUUGCUUCCUCUGGCCGCCAUGAUCGAUGCAAGUCGCCUGGACGCAGAAAGUAAGGAGGAGUACCGCUCGAUGGCACGCAAGCUGGAUAUCUGCAUGUCCAGCCACGUCAUCGAUCUGCCGGACUCGGUGUUUGCAUGGCCGACCAUGUUGACCCAAACCUUCGUAGACGAUCUGACCGCGAGGCGACCAGAAGCAUUGGUGAUUCUUGCAAACUACGGCGUCUUGAUCCAUCGGCAUCGCAACCUGUGGAUGUUUGGCUCCGGAGGCAAACGUUUGGUCGAAUCGAUCUGCCGAUACUUGGGAAAGCGAUGGGAUGAAACGUUGCGUUUUCCCAUGUCGCAGGUGCAGCAUACUGACUAGAUCAAGCUGGUCCAGGCUCCUCUCGUCUGCUCAGCAGUCAUUGCAGCAAGCAUCGAAAGGACUAUGGAGUGCUCCCAGGCCAGAUGUGAUUACGGAGAGGCUCCAUCAAGGCAACCUU